CACGCUCAUGUGGAGCUGCCGGUUUCGCAAGCUGAUGCCGAAGAAUGUCGUCGUUCAGAUGGUCAUGCGGAAUGUGUGAACGGCGUGCGGCUAAUGUUUCUGAAGGAGGGUGGCCGGACACUUCUUGUUUGCUCCUCGAAUGCUAUCAAGCCACAACUCCGUGAACUGGAUGCACUAACACUACGGGAGCAAUCAGCUCCAGAAAAUGUUAUCGGUGUGUGCUCGGCACAGGCUGAUAUCAAUACAACUGCAGUACUUGUCGAAUGGGGUAACCCAGAAGAUAUUCCAUCAAUUUAUUCGGGAAUCCGAACUGGUCUCACACUCAAUAAUCACCUCAUCUAUCGACCACCUCUAAUCAAAAAUAACAAGGAGUUGUAUUCAUCGAUGCGUACAAUAUACACCGACUCGAAAUGGCUCUUUGAGCCGAACUUUGUUGCAUCGUUCAGUAUUGGCAAAUUUGUUUACUUCUUUUUCCGCGAAAUUGCCAUUGAGCAUGAAAGUUGUGGCCGAGUUGUUUGUUCCAGAGUUGCUCGAAUUUGUAAGAAAGAUAUUGGUGGAAAGAACGUACUGCGACAGGUGUGGACAAGUUUUGUGAAGGCCCGCUUGGAUUGUUCAACUUCGUCCAGCUCGCCUACUUUUUUCAACGAAAUUCAAUCAUUGCAACGUGUUGAUGGGCAAUCGGAUACAUUGUUCUACGCUACUCUAACAACACCAGAUAUCUCGUUUGGUGGCAGUGCCGUUUGCGCUUUUUCUUUGAACGCUAUCAAUCAG